UGAAGAAAAUAGAAGGCCCACAGCCCGCAGGAGAACCCGCACCCACACCCAUCUGCCUGCCUAGCUUCCGUUACGCCUCCCGCCGCCGUGGAGAUGGCCCACCCCGCCGACUCCGCCUCCACGCCGCCGGCUCCAAACGCCGGCGAGGGUUCCCCGCCGUCUCCGCCUCAAAGGGGUCGGGGCAAGGUGGUGAUUGUGAUGGGCGCCACGGGCGCCGGCAAGUCGCGGCUGGCCGUCGACCUCGCGGCCCACUUCGCCGGCGUCGAGGUGGUCAGCGCCGACUCCAUGCAGGUCUACCGCGGCCUUGACGUCCUCACCAACAAGGUUCCUCUGCACGAGCAGAAAGGUGUUCCUCACCAUCUCCUUAGCGUAAUUGAUCCCUCCGUCGAGUUCACUUGCCGCGAUUUCCGCGACCAUGCCGUGCCGAUCAUACAAGAAAUACUGAAUCGCGGUGGCCUCCCUGUUAUUGUCGGCGGCACAAACUUCUACAUCCAGGCCCUUGUUAGCCCAUUCCUCUUUGAUGACAUGGCACAAGAUAUGCAGGACUGUACUUUGAGUGAUCACCCAGAUGACAUAGGCCUUAACAAUAACGAUGAAGGCAGUGGGUAUGAACGCUUGAAGGAGAUUGAUCCUGUCGCAGCCCAACGGAUCCACCCAAAUGACCAUAGAAAAAUAAAACGCUACCUUGAGUUGUAUGCGACCACUGGUGCCCUACCCAGCAAUCUUUUCCAAGGAGAGGCUGCUAAGAAAUGGGGCCGGGCUAGUAACUCCAGAUUCGACUGUUGUUUCCUGUGGGUAGAUGCUGAUAUUCAAGUUCUGGAUAACUAUGUGAACCAAAGGGUUGAUUGCAUGAUGGAUGCUGGCCUGCUAGAUGAAGUAUGCAAUAUAUAUGAUCCAGAUGCUGUUUACACCCAAGGACUGCGGCAGGCCAUUGGGGUUCGUGAAUUUGAUGAGUUUUUCAGACUAUAUUUAACAAGAAAAGAAUCUGAUAAGGAUAAGGCGGCUUCUUCUACAACUAUGUUAACUGUACAUGAUGAUCAACUUAAGAGCUUGUUGGAUGAUGCUGUUUCCCAGCUUAAGACAAACACACGCAGGCUUGUUCGUCGUCAAAGACGGAGACUACAUCGGCUGAGUAAAGACUUUGGGUGGAACUUACAUCGCGUUGAUGCAACCAAAGCAUUCUGCUGUACCACAGGCGACUCAUGGAACCAUGAAGUUGUGGAACCUUGUGUGGAUGUUGUGAAAAGAUUUUUGGCUGACGGCGCAGCUUGUUUGCCAAGCACAAAUGCUUCAGAUGGUAUUGGAGAAAGAGAGUUAUGGACUCAAUACGUCUGCGAGGCCUGCGACAAGCGCGUGCUUCGAGGGGCGCACGAGUGGGAGCAGCACAGGCAAGGGCGAGGCCACCGAAGAAGAGUGCAGCGCCUGAAGCAGAGGAAGAGCCUGAUAAGACCAUCAGAAUCGUAAAAACCCCAUAGCAGAUGAUUGCGAUUUGCAGCUGGGUGUUCUUUGUCUUGUAAUCUUGUUAAGCAGUAGUUCCAAAUUUUGAAGAGACUAGAGAGUACUGUAUCUGUAUUGUCUGAAUGAACUAUUACUAGUCUAUCUGUUUCACUGAAGACUGUUGUUGUGAUGUGGCAAUCCAGUCGGCUGUCCUCCAGCUUUGAUU